AAGGCGCUAGAAAGCUUGAAAUCGUUGAAAAACCGUCAACUUAUCUCUCCUCAUGAAGUAAUCAGGCGGGUCAUUUUCAGAUAUAUUUGCUCAUUAAUCGUUUCGUUUGGCAUGAAAUACUAUUUUAGAUCCUAAAAUUCAAAUUCCAAAACCCAAACCAAAUUUGAAUUCGCAUUUUUUGGCAAAUUUUUAGUCUUGAAGUGAUUUCUCAGGUGGUUGCUUGUGUAUACAGAAGUUUGAGAUUAUUGUAUAUGGCAAGGAUCGAGCCUCGAGCUCUGUAGCAACAGAGCAAGAAGAAGAAGGGACCGAGUCGAAUAAGUCCUGUUACUAUUCUUCUAUGCGGCUUGAUUGUUCUCUUGACUAUCUUUUUCCUGUGUUCUUUAUACAGACACUGGUCCCUCAGGUCAAGAAUCCAGACUCAAGGUCGCAAAUCAUUAGGCUUUGAGGUUGAACACGCAUUUGUGGAUCCAAAGAAAUCUGAUCUGCCUGGAUACGCAGAGUCGCUGAUCGUGCAUGCAGUUCCUUUGCAGAAUACGAUGAUUGAGUGAAAAGGGGCACUUCAAGGGGAUGCAUUUUCGUCAUGUGAUAAAGCAUUAUGUGAUUCAAGCAGGCAAUGUUGAUAGCCUUGGGGCUGCGGAAGACUGGACUUUGAAGGGGAAACGUUAUAGUCAACUUGAUACAAGUUUAAAACAUGAAGCAUUCAUGCUUGGGACUUCUAAGGCAAAACAUGAUGACUAAGGAUUUGAGCUUUUCAUUACAACUGCGCCCAUCCCAGAUCUAACUGAAAAGCUUAUGGGUUUUGAAAGGGUCAUCAAAGGAGAAGAUGUCGCUCAGAUUAAUGGCUAUGUCAAGAUAUUUCUUGCGAUAGCACGUGGAUGGACAGUCGGAAGAUGAUAAGGCAGUCGAAUGUGAUGAAUAAGGCCUUGAGAUUUGUUGGACUGCUCAUCACUACUAUCACUUUUUAUUUCGACAACCGUAAAUGAACAAACGCAAAGUCGUUUUGUUAACUGGAUUUUGACACUUCAACCGGCGUCGUUUAGUUAACCCGACAAAGUUUUCAGCAAGACGGCAACGCUAACACUCUGCUCGCGCUCCUCGCAUAAACGCACCGUUUUAGCCCAACACGCACCAUUUUCCGUUUGUCUACACCGGGUAACACCGAAAAGUACUUUCACGGGACAGAGGUGAAAAUGAAGCCACUGGCUCUGCUUCGUCCUCUCUCCAUCUACUCUUUAUCUCCUUCACGUCCUCACUUGCCACUCAAACCUCUCGUCCAGAACCCUAGCCUUAGAUUCUCAUGUUCCCCUAUUCAAUCAGAGCCGGUAAAAGCUGGAGAUAUGGGUCCAAGAUCCGAAUACAGUCCUGGAGUAUUCGAUGACUUGUUCCUUGCUCUGUUUCGAAACAAAAUGGUCAAGGAGGUUGGAUGGGAUUCUGAGAGGCGUGGAUAUGAUGGAUUAAUAGAAGUAGCAAAUCGGCUCAUGUUGACAGGCAGAACUAAUGCUGAUACAAGGGAUGCAGCAGUUCGAAUAUUAAGGUCGCUGUUUCCUCCGCUUCUGUUAGAUCUAUAUAAAUUGCUUAUCUCUCCUCUAGGAGGAGGAAAAGUGGCUGCCAUGAUGGUUGCGAGGGUGACUGCAUUCACUUGUAAAUGGCUUAUGGGCAUUUGCACGGUGAACUCUGUCGAUCUUCCUGAUGGAACCUCAUGUGAAAGUGGGGUUUUUGUAGAAAGAUGCAAGUAUUUAGAAGAAAGCAAAUGCGUAGGCAUUUGUGUCAAUACAUGUAAACUUCCAACACAGACUUUCUUCAAGGAUUACAUGGGAGUCCCCUUACUGAUGGAGCCAAACUUCACGGAUUAUAGUUGUCAGUUUAAAUUUGGGGUUCUUCCUCCACAACCUGAAGAUGAUAGCACGCUCAAGGAGCCUUGCCUUGAAGUUUGUCCGAUCGCAUCUCGAAGAAGGCCAGUUGCCCAAAGCACAGAUGUAGUGCAGUGCCCAAAGGCAUAAUUGGCCAUUGUUAUUUGAUCAGUAACUCAUUAAAUCUCUCUUUUAUACUUGCAUACAGAUUACUAGAAAUGCAUCUACAGUGAUAUAAUUUA